CACCAGCACUGAUGAAAACAAGACCAGAAACGAUGUUGGCCAGAGCAUUGCUUAUGCUGCUCCUGGACCCCAUGUCUUCCUGGUCGUCAUGAGACUGGGCAGAUUCACCGAUGAAGAAAAGUAGUCAGUGCAGAAAAUUCAGGAAAUCUUUGGAGAGGAAGCAGACAGAUACAGCAUGGUUCUCUUUACCCACGGUGAUCUGCUCAAAGGGAAACCUAUUGAAGAGUUCUUGAAGGAAAGUGAAGAGCUGCAGGAACUUGUGGACAGAUGUAACGGCCAGUGCCACGUCUUCAAUAAUGAGGUGAAGGAUCGUUCUCAGGUCAGAGAGCUGCUCGACAAGAUCAGAAACAUAACAGAGAAGAACGGAGGAGACCAUUACACCACUGAAAUGUUCCAGGAGUCAGAGAGGGAGCUAGAAGAGGAAAAACAGAGAAUCCUUAAAGAGAGAGAAGAGGAAAUACGCAAACAGGGAGAGGAAUUUCAAAAGAGUUUAGAUAAAAAAAUCAAAGAGGAUAGGGAGAGGUCAGCAAGGCAGAUAGAAGCUCAUGAAAGAAAAAUGGAGGAGGAGAGGAGAAGAGGAAGAAAUCCUAAAAGCAGCUAG